UGCUUUGUUCAGCUUCACCUUUCAAAGUUCGAAUACGAAUAAACUAAAGUAUCUUAACUAUGAGAUGAGAGUGGGUGAGGAAUUAGAAAUUAUUCAAGCCACUUAAGAGAAGAGUAUAAAUUGAUCAGACGUGAUUACUAGACAUACAGAUCGUAAUACUUACCGAUCUUGACGUGAUCUAAAAUAGGAAUAGUAGAUCUAAAGUACGGGAAAGGAAAGAAAUCGUGAUACUAUUGAAAUGAUUUUGAUUUUUGUGUCGGGGCUAGUGUGUCUGGCAGUCAGUGGAGUAACAGCAGUGCCUUUGACAGGAUGUACAAACAAGCCUGCAGAUAUCGUAUUUAUCUUGGAUUCUUCAAACAGUAUAUGGCUUAAUGAUUUUAGAAAACAAACAAGAUUUGUCGCCAACGUGGUUAAAAAUUUUGACAUAGGACAGGGACCGACUCAAACACGUGUUGGCAUCUUACUUUUUGGACAUGAUGUUUGGCCAGAAAUCCAGUUGAAUAAUAACUAUGACGUCAAUGGACUAGUAAAAGCAGUGGAAAAGAUUGACCAUAGAAGAGGGAGAUGGACCAAAACUGGGAAGGCAAUUGAUACGGCUGUGAAAACUAUGUUUACAGAUGAUGAUAGAAGUAGGGUGGGAGUUUCUCGUAUUGCUGUGGUCAUCACAGACGGACGAUCACAAAACGUCAUAGAAACAAGAGAAGCAGCAAAACUAGCUCAUGACAGUGGCAUCAAAACAUUUGCUCUUGGUGUUGGAAGGCGUCUUGAUUAUCAAGAGUUAGCCGAUAUAGCAAGUGAUCCAGAUGACGAGUAUCUUUACACGGUUGAUAAUUUCAAUGCAUUGAAUAAAACACUUGUGCAAAAGCUGGCCAGCAGAGCGUGUGAUGUUACAGAAAGGACUCCUACAAUUAUACCAGUUCCCGUCACAACUGAGCCGACGAAUAUACCAUCAGACCAGUCCUUGAAAAAUUGUGGCGGAAAACCUGCUGAUGUUUUCUUUGUAAUUGACUCAUCGGGCAGUAUAACAAGUAAAGACUUCAACAAAGAGCUUCAGUUUGUACAAAGCGUAGUAAAGCUGUUUGAUAUUUCAAACGAUAAAACUCGUGUUGGAAUCAUAAAUUUCAGUCAUAUGUCUCAAAUGAUUCUACCGCUUGAAAAUUCUCUCGAUAAACGACAGCUUCUAAGCAAAAUAAGAAAUAUUGACCACAUAGGCGGAGGUACCACUACUUCUGAAGCUCUUAAAAUGAUUCGCCAGGAUGGUUUCCGACGGGACAACAAUCGUCCUGGAGUUGUCAAAAUCGCAAUCGUUUUGACAGAUGGACUGUCGGCAAACGAAGACUUAACCAGACGGGAAGCGCUCCUUACUCAUGCUGCGGGUAUUAAAGUAUUUGCAAUUGGAAUUGGAGACGGAAUUGAUCUGCUAGAAAUACAGAAUAUUGCUAGCAAUCCUGAUGACAACUACGUGUUCCAAGUAAAUGAUUUCAACUCGCUUGAAACAAUUAAAGACUUGCUGGCCAUAAAGACCUGUUCGGCUAAACCAGAUGAAAAUAAAGAAAUACCAAAUGAUCAGCCGAGAUGCCUGGUUAAGAGAAAUACGGACAUGAUGUUUGUUUACGACUCCAGUGCUCUCGGACCUAAAAAAUCAGAGGCGAUCUCCAUGUUUAUAGCAACUAUCGUAUCAAAUCUCGAUAUCUCAUCAAAACAUCUACACAUCGGAAGAAUCACAGACAACUGCCCUUCUGGUGGAAACUUUCAAUUGAGCAAUAGACUCUCCGCUGCAGAUUUCACAAGUAUUGGUGUAUCCACAUUUUCCGACCUUAUCAACAAAGUAAAACGUACAGGGUUUUCAUCAGAGUAUGGCGGUAGGUCCGAUUCCUCUAAAUCAUCUAUCCUGUUCAUCGACUCUGAUAUGAACUCCGUUGACGGCAGUGCGUUAAGAGCUGCUAAAGAUUUGUCCACGUCUUCUGAUGUUUUUGUUGUAGCCAUUGGAAACAGUCCAACAAUUAGAGACUUUUCCAGGACAUUUCAUGGCAAUAAAUUCCUUCACGUUAAUUCUUACAACGAUUUGCCGUCGACAUCAAAUAACUUCCUGAAUCAGUUGUGCUAUUUCAUUACUCUCAAUUCAUUUGACUACAGUUUGGACUAUGUUGAUUAUGUGAUACCAGUCUAAACUGUAACUAGACAAAAAUUAAACAAAACUUUUACUGAUAUAAUAACAUCAAAAAACAAUGUACAACCAUAACAUAUAAUAACAGUUCAGUGUGUUAUGCAAUUUUUAGCUGUUAUUGUUAUUAGAAUAUAUACAGAUGUUUUGAUGUUUUAUGUAUAUUUCUGAAGAUAUUUUAUAUUAUUCAUCUUAAUUUUUAAGUUUCCGUCCAUUAUCAUUUUACCAUUUAGGUAUGUCUUUUACAUGUUAAGGUCUGUUUUACACGAAAAGACAGACAUGUUAUGGUUUUUUUGUACAUGAAAUGUCAGACAUGUAUGCAAAGGUCUGUCUUACAUGAAAUGUCAUACCAGCUUUGGUGUUUUACACAAAAUGUCAGGUUGGCACUUUCAUCAUCAAAUCGGUCUUUUUUUCAACAAAAGUAAUAGUCUAACUUGUUUACGGAAAUUGUUAAUAUAUGUUUGCUAAUGAUAUAGUACAACAUAAAAUAUAAGACACAGAUGAUGAUGAUGGUGACCCUUCAAUUGGUUUUUGCUGACAAAAAAUGUCUUAAAAUUUUUGUCAUUCAAUGCAUGUUAAAGUUUUAUCAUUUAAAACCAAUCAUGCACCUAUUUUCACCUCUAACAUUGUAUCUUAUUGUCUCAAAUAAGUAAAUUUUAUUUCUAAAAUAUUUUGUAUUUAACAUACAUGUGUAUAUAUAUAUAUAUGUGCAAUAAACAUUAUAUUAAAUUUGA